GAGUUUUGUGGCCGAGACGGCGCGGACAGCCGCGCGAUGGCUCUGCGGAGGUGGGUGCGGCCCCUAGGCUGUGCAGGUGCAGGAAACUCAAAGAAUACUUUAGGAGGAACGCAUUCUAUGAAAGCCAAAGCUAAUCAAAAGCACAAGCCUCCUGAUAUAUUUGACUUUACUGAUAAUUCUGUGAAUUCAAGCAGGCUCAGUGAAAAUGAGAAAGAUGAAGACCCUUAUGAAAAUUUUGACCCUCCGUUACAUAGCACUGCUCUGUAUGCUGAUGAAGAAGAAUUUUCCAAACACUGUGGGUUGCCUAUUCCUUCAACUCCUCAAGGAAAAAAAAGAAAGAAAAAUUUGCACACUUCUGAAAAUGAAGCUAGUGAAGAUGACUCUAUAAUAAACAGUGCAAAAAAGCCAAGAAGAAAAUUGAAGCCCCUUAGUGAAGAGUCUGAAAGUAGUGAUGAGGGUGACGUAAGAAGAAAAGUUAAAUCAGCAGAAAAAAACCAUGCCCAGCAGCUCCAAGCCGUUCCUGCUGUGGCAUCUUCAGAGAACCCAGCUGGACCCGUCACUCCUGCAAGGCCGGGAGCCCUCGGGGCCCGGUCCUCUGAUGGGAAAGGGGGACGGGCAACACCAAGUCAGCCGAAAAUUCAGAAAAGAAGGAAAAUGUCUCCUGGAAAAAGGAAGAAAGCGCGAAGUGAAGCCAAAGAUUCAGAUAUUUCUGAUAGUGAGCAUAUUUGGUGUCUAGAAGGAAGGAAAACCAGUGACAUCAUGGAGUUGGAUAUUAUUUUGUCUGCAUUUGAGAAAACCUUCCUACAGUAUCAACAAAAAAUAGAAUCUAAAGUUUGUACAGAGGCCAUCAACAAGUUUUAUUUUAAUAUUAAAGAAGAACUCAUCAGAAUGCUCAAAGAAGUCCAGAUGUUUAAAAACCUAAAAAGGAAGAAUGCUAAGAUGAUUUCUGACAUGGAAAAGAGAAGGCAACGUUUGAUUGAAGUCCAGGAUGAACUGCUUCGGUUAGAACCACAGCUGAAACAACUACAAACAAAAUAUGAUGAACUUAAGGAGAGAAAGUCAUCUCUUAGGAAUGCCACGCAUUUCUUAUCUAAUUUAAAACAGCUUUAUCAAGAUUAUUCAGAAGUUGAAGAGAGGGAACGAAAUGUAAAGGAAAUGUAUGAUUCAUCCAGCCUUCCGGCUCUGUUAUUUAAAGCAAGAACCCUUUUGGGAGCUGACCACCACUUGCAAAAUAUCAACCAUCAAUUAGAGAAGCUGCUUGACCAGGAAUGAGAAAACCUGUCUACUGAAACGUGCCCACAUGAAGAUGUCUCAGGCUACUGCCUAUUACCUUCUGAAGCUGUACUUUUGUAAAGUAAAAAAUAUUUUCCAAAAAAGUAUGGCCCAGUCACUAGAUUUUGUAUGACUUUGUCAUUUAAAUUAAAUUGUACCAAUCUGAUGGCCUUAAUAGUUUUAGAGGUAAUCAUCUCUUCUGAAUAGUGUCUUAAUAAAUUCUAACAUGUUCACAUCUUAAUCAGCUUCAGACAAAAAGUUUUAAGCUCAUAGCUUAAAACUUGUAAACCUAUAAUUAAUUAGGAUGUUUCUACUGAAUUUAAGUACACCAAUGCUAGCUUUUAAUAAAACUGAUUUACUUAAAUGAAAAAACAAAACUGGAAAACAGUGAUAAAAUUUAGUUCAUAUAGACUGGUUUAAUAAUAAGUUAAUAUUUUUUUUGUGACGGUACUGGGGACUGAACCAGGCUUUGUGCAUAGUUGGUAGGCGCUCUACCACUGAGCUAUACCCCCAGCCCAAAUUUAAUUUGUUAUCAAAUCUCAUAGAUUUGAGGCAAGUUAUAGUCUGGUUCUGAAAGUGUUGUCCAUAGUGAGCUACUCUUGUAAUCCUUCUAUAAUGAGUUCAUCAGGAAUUUCAUUCCCUGCACUGCUGUAACUGAGAAGACUGUUCUCUGCAGCUUCAGCUAAUUCCGCAUCGUCAGUAGCUUCCAAGAAGUAUGCAUCAUCGGUGCUGUUAUCCCAGGCAGCAUCAGCAGAGGCACCUGGAUUUUUGGCUUCAUUGUUCCAAGUUUCAUCUGCUGUAAACUCUUCUUCCUUUAUUUCAUUGGGGAAGGGUGAUAGAGGGAGUGAGAUAAAAGAAAAAGGUUAUUUAAUCAGAAACUGAGGGAUCUCAUUGUACACUCCGAGUAUCCUGAAGAAAAGGUACACAUAAUGGCCAGUUCUUCAACAGAGUAAAAUGAAUGUGCUGCAUAAAUACAGGCUGCAAGACUGUCGCCAUGGGGACGGUACUCUGGCUCCAAGGCUGCUGCUUUUGUAGCUUACUCUUGAAACUCCAAGUUUUAAAUUGCCUGUGGUUCUUUGGCAGAUGCUGGCAGUAUCCUCAGAUGGGGCUAGAGCAAAAUAAAUUUCACUUUUGACAAGUAGUCUAACUAAAGAUACUGGAAAAUACAUUUGCUAUCCUGCAAACCAAACUUUCCCUCUAAUGUGUAAGGUAUUUGUAAAAUUACAAACAUGGAUUAGAAAUACUGUUACAAAGAACUGUUUUGGGGGGCUGGAGAUUUAGCUCAGCGGCAUAAGCGCCUGCCUUGCAAGCAGGCAGUCAUAAGUUCGAUCCCCGGUACCGAUAAAAAGGAAAAAGACAAAAAAAAAAAAAAAAAAAAGAACUGUUUUGGUACAACUUUCAAAAUAUGACUGUGGAUUGUAAACUAUACAAUUCCUGACUUUAACAAUUUAAAUUUAAUAAUUUUACCAUUACUAUGUAAGAAUGUCUGUAUUCUUCAACUACAUGCUUAAUUAUUAAGAGAUAAAAAUUUAUGUAAGUUACAACGUACUUCCAAAAAAUUAGCUAAAAAUAUAACUGUAUAUGUGCACCAUUAGAGGAAGCAAACAGAUGUGGCCAGAUGUUAGCACAUGCCAGAUCUAGGUAAAGGACAAACCAAGAUUCCUUAUUCGCAUGUAAUAUUUUUGUAUCUUUUCAAAUCAAGUUUUUAAUCAAGAUGAUCAGUGCAAUACAAAAAGCAAUACAUAAUUGUGAAUGUUCUUAAAAAUAAAUGAUAUGUACAUUCA